AUGGCCGCUUACGCAAUGUACAGGAAUACGACGCUUGGCGUCGCUUUGGACCAAACUCUAGAGGAUAUGAUCGCCGAGGGCCUUGUGCCCAAACAAUUGGCCUCCAAGGUUUUUUUAGAUUCUUAAAAUGUAUUUUAUGAUGUGGUCAUGGUAGAAACGGAGCAACGCAAAAAUUUAUUUCAUCCGAAAACUGCUUUUAAAUAGUUCUUUUCUUUUUUUUGUAGUUAUUAUGUGUUUUUUUAACUACUUUCGUUCUUUCACAUGGUUACUUCAUAAUAAUUAGAUAGAAGCUGUCUCGAGAUGUACUGCUAAGAAGUUGAUGGAGGAAGAAGGUGGAUUUUUUUCAAAAUGUCCCGAUUUUUUUGCUGGAAAAACUCGGAAUUUUUUUCCAAAACCUGAAAAAAAGAGUUUUUUUUUCUCAAAAAUAAGAAUUUUUGACUUCCGAAUGAAAUUUUUUUACCUCAUAAUAAAAAUUAUUACUGUUUUUUUUGAGCGGUUUUUUUCUAGAUUUUCAAUAUUUUAUCUAUAAAACUGUCCUUUCUGUUUUCUUAUUGAAAUCCGUAAAAGGAAUUUUUCAAGAAACUAUUGAUUUAUGAUUCUUAUUUAUAGGUAGGAAAUAUGAACUAACUUUUAAUGUAUCGCUUAGUUUUUACCGAUAAAUAGUUGAUACUUAGUUUUUCAAUGAGAAAAACUUAUAAAUUGGUUUUUAAAAUUUCUUCGACAGUUUCUAACCUUGAUUUGAGGAGGAAAAUUUUUUAAAAAAGUUUUUUUUUCUUUCUCACUGUUUUCGUUCCAGGUUCUCACCCAGUUCGACAAGAGCAUCAAUAAAAUGCUCUCCCGUCUCGCCAAAGAAAAGGUUUUUUUUUCAUUUCUCUAGAAAAUAUGUACUUUUUAAAUAUUUCUGAAGUAGUCUUGUGAAAUUCAAGGCAAACGAAGAUUUUUUUGAGCCAAAAAUUCAUUCUUCACAUGUAAUUUCUUUAAAAAAAUUAUUUUCGAGGCAAAUUCAUAUGAUUUCAUCAAGUUCUCCAUUACUAUUUGACUUUCAAGAAUUUUUCAAAAAAAUUUCAGUCGAAAAUAUUAAAGAAAUUUUUAAUUGAAACUAUUCCAAAAAAAUGAAAUAUAGAUUUAAUCAUAAUUACGUGCAACUGUAUUCACUUAAAAAUUAGGUUGAAAGGUUUUUUUGUCAGAAAAAUUUUAACAAAUUAGGUUUUUCUACAUCUUCCUCUGAAGACUGAAUAAAUUGAAAUUAGGUUGAAAAAGGAAUUCGAGAAUUUUCAAUAAAACAUGAAUUUAAUUAAAUUUCUUAGAUCCAUUUUUGAGCUGGAAAAAGGUGGAGAAAUUUAAGCGAAUUUAAAUUUGAAUCAUUCAGAAAAUCUUCGUGAAACAGUAUUUUUGUUCUAAACUAGGUUAGAAAAGGAAUAUAAGCGAUUUUUUUGGGAUAGUCGAAUUUUUUCCAGAUGCACUUCCGGGCCGGAAAAUUGAUCACGUAUCGUUAUUGCGACAACGUUUGGACGUUUAUCCUUGACGAGGUCGAAAUUCGGGACCCUCAUCGUUCUUUCGACACCGCCUUGUCUAAGUUUGUCAUUUCGAAAUGUUGAAAAAGGCGUUUUUUUAAAUUCCUAUGUAAAUUUGGAGUAUAAUGUGAGAUUUUGGUACGGUUUGAAGCUUUUUUCGGGAAUCGGCUUAGAAUUUCUACUGGAUGUAACUCGAAAGUUUCUGGCGCUAAAAAACGAAGUAGUUUUCUUCUUAAGUGAUCACUAGAAAGAUGUAAGUUGGCAUAGUUUCUUCACAGCGCUUUUUUUUGACGACGCCCUUUCAUUUUUUUUUCCCGUGAAGUAUAGUGUUUAGUGUGCAUGCACUGCGGCGCUCUCGCACAUACCGUGUUCAAAAUAAUUUUCACGAAAUUCAAAAUUAUCUCUGAAUAUCCGUAAUUCAGUUGUAUUUUUCACUUUCUGGCGGCUAUUUAGAAUUUGGCGUAUUCAUUUUGAACACGAAAACCCAAAAAUCGCGUUCUCUUAACUAUUCGCCUCAUGACCCAGUGAACAUGCGCCUUUAAUAUUCCCUGUUUACGCUUGUUUCCCAUGACGUCACAUGGGAACGGAGCAUUUUUGCUCCGCCCCAUUCGUUUUUGGUUUCGCAUUUUCUUGCACUAACAACAACGCCUUGUCUUUUAGAUCACGAAGAAACGAAUUUUUCAUUUUUCUCUCCAAGAAAAUGUGAAUUUGUCUCGACUUCCAGGCUGAAAAUCGUGGCGUGCGACGGUCGGCCGGCGGGAAUGCUGGGGACGGCUCCUUUGGCUCGAGGAUCGACGGCCAGUCGGGCUUGUCUGGCCGUCGAGAACAACAGCGACAGCGACUGA